UUAUAUUGGUCUAUUUCCACUGUCAAGGUGGCAAAACAUGUUCACCAGCGACUGUUGAACCCUUCCAUUGACAUUUGUUUUUGCAAAAAUAAUUCCAGUCAUGCUGCAUUUGCAUAUCUGAAAAUAGCUUCUUGUUACAAACUAGCACAUAUUUUGAUUGGACGCUUGACCAUUGAUGUCAACAAGAAAUAGCAAGUGUUUCUUCUUUCUUAUAAAAGUUCAUAAACCUAUUUAUUUGCCAUCCUAUGCCUGAUUAAAUGGUUUGUAGCAUUUUAAUAUUUGCGUUUAUUAUUUGCAGGCUUGUCAGAAUGGACAAAUCUGGGACAUUUUUGAAUGACUGCUUUGGCCUUAAAGAGUUAGUAUCAAUAUCUCUUUGUACUUUUUAUGUUAAACUGGUUUUUGGAUAGUAGAGAGAGCGAUGAGAUUAAGUAUCAAAUGAAAAUUGGAAAAAAAAAUUCAAAUCGGCUAAUGCCUGUAUACAUUUUUUUUAAGGUUCAUGUUUCAAUAUAUUUAAAAGGCCUCUUUCACACAAAGAGCUCAUGGGGCAUCCAAAUAAAAAUGCUCUGGAUCAUGUUGUGUUAAACAGAAUUUCGUUUUAUUUGGACUUUAAACAGUAUGAAGUGUUUCAAACCGCUCUGUAGUAAUAAAAGGUAGAGUCAAAAGUACAGUGGAGAUCAAAAUUAGAGAACAAUCUAUAAAUACUUGAUAAAUAUUGUUAAUCUUCAUCACACAAAAUUUAAAUGGAAUAUUAGCUGUAUAUACUGCUUUUCUACUAACAUGUUUGACAAAAUAUACAAGGCAUUUCAACAAGAACUUUAUUUUGUGGAAAGCACAGUAGGUUUCUUAGCCAUAACUUUGUCGCCGAAUAAAAUGUUUCCCAUCAGACUCAAAUUAAACUUGCUCUCAUCACUAAAGUGAACUUUGGAAUAGUUCUCCUCUCUCCACACAACAUGCUUCUUGGCAAAGGUGAGCUUAGCCUUUUGAUUCUUUCUGCUGAUGAGUGGCUUGGUCACUGUAAAGUUCGAUUUCACUCCGACUUCAGGCCGAGACAGAUCCUUACCCUGCUCAGCGCUGAACUGGCAAGCAAUUCCAGCUGCAGUGCUGAACCGAUUCCCCAUUGAGAGUCUCCACAUUAUCCUGUCCACUCAUGCAUUCGUCUUACUUGGAUGACCAGCCUUUUUGGGGGUCUUGAAUGAAUUGGAGUCAUUGUAAACCUGCAAUAUUCAAGAAAUCAGAAAUUUGGAACGACCAGCUUCUCUUGCAAUGGCUGAAAGGGUCAUCCCUUUAGCUUUCAUCAGUCACCUUAGAGUGAUCUCACAAUCUCACAAUCUCAGAGUGAGUGUGAUCAGUGAGAAUAACUGAAAGCCUAAAGGAGUUUUGUGAUAGAAUGACGUUUGAAAGAAUGUGAAAGGACAUUUACUCACAGACACAUCCUGACUCGCUCUCCAAUCCCUCCCUUCCUAAUUUCCUCUUUCACGUUCCUACACACACUGUCUCCCCGGCUGACUCAUUUGCUUGCAAGGGAUUAAGCAGGAUAGAGAGGGAUUACGCUUCUUUUUUCCAAGAGGACUUUUCCGUGCUCUGCUAUGGAAUACCAUUCACGUUAUUCCUCUGUUUAUACCAUCAUAUCUGAGUGAGUUAAAACUGACCGUCAUCAUGCAAACCCUCUUUAGAAGCUCUUCAGUGUGUUAAAUUCUAAGCUGGGAUCUAAACGGAGUGGACAAUCUGAACGUGAGGGAAGAGGGAGCUGUAUAUGAGGAGGGUCAGUGCAUUAUAUUUUCAUUCCCUGAACCCCAAAACACUCCAGGAUUGACAAUGAGACCAGACGUGGAGACUGAUCCUGGGUCAGCUCCACUGGAGAUGGGAGACAAAGACCUGACACAGAUCUUGGCUCAUGUGAUAGCUGAAGUGAGGGGCUCUGUCAAUAAAGAUAUAAAUGGAGCUGAACUGUUGUAUAGUCUCCUCAACGCCCCCUGGUUGCACUCCCUACUAAAGGUGUAUGAAUGUCUACAGAGGCACCUAAAGGGUCCAGCUAGGCCAUAUCUUUCCUAUUCGUCUGGACUCUCUCUACAGAUUCUGUCUGAUUUGCUAGCAGUCCAAAACCCCUCAAAUGAAGCUCGAGAACUAUAUGCCCUCCUCAGUCAUCCCCACCUACAGGCUCUUCUCUCGGCUCAUGACACAGUAAGUUUGAGGGACUAUGAGCCAGAUCUGCCACCGCUGCCUAAAGACCUGCCUGAAGACGAGGAAGCCAUGAGGAUUGUUUGCUUGGUUAAAAACAAUCAAACUCUGGGAGCAACAAUCAGGAGAGAUGAUGUGACAGGGGAGAUAUACAUUGCUCGAGUUAUACAUGGAGGACUGGCUGACCGCAGUGGUCUCUUGCAUGCUGGAGACAGGCUGGUGGAGGUAAACGGUCAUCCCGUGUUUGGACUGGAACCAGAACAGAUUAUACAAAUUCUGGCCCGCUCCCAUGGAACCAUAAUGUUCAAGGUGGUUCCUAUCACUGACAGGCCAGUCAACAACCAGACCAUGCUGUAUGUGCGUGCCAUGGUGGACUACAAUCCCCACGUGGACCCUUCUAUUCCCUGCGCAGAUGCCGGCAUGGCGUUCAGGAAGGGAGAUAUCCUGGAAAUUGUGGAUCAAUCAGACACUCUCUGGUGGCAGGCUGUAAAACUACCCAGUAUCUCUGCCUGCGCUGGCCUCAUUCCGUCCACCAGCUUGCUGAAUAGGAAGCAAAAAGAGUUAUGGUGGGCCCAGCCUUAUCAUCCUCACACUUGUGUCAAAACCUUGAGCACAGUGGAUGAAGAGGAUGACAUGAUUGCCAUAGAUGAAAAAUGUGUAGAAGCAGAUGAGGAGGCGUUUGAAUCUGAAGAGCUAAAGGAUGAGGAGAGUGAAUUCAGCACCAAUGUUGAAGGGAUUUACCUGACUGGUUUUCGACGAAGUCUGCGUCUCUGUCGCCGAUGGAGAGGUCAGGCAUUUGGAACGUCCCAGUUCUGCACCCUACGCUGUCCCACGAGCUGUUACAGUUCACUGGCCAACCCGUAUGAGGAGGUGGUGCGCUACCAGCACCAUCCAGAGCACCCACACCGCCUCAUAGCUCUGCUGGGUCCGUCUGGGGUCGGGGUAAAUGAGUUACGCAGAAGGCUAAUUGAGAUCAAUCCCAAGGUCUACCAAGGAGCUGUUCCCUAUACCACAAGGCCACCUAAAUGCCAUGAGGAAUCUGGCAGAGAAUAUCACUUUAUCAGCCGAGAGCAGUUUGACACCAUGGUCUGCAAUCACAGGUUUAUUGAGUUUGGGGAGUUGAGAGGUCAUCUCUAUGGCACUAGCGUGGAUGCAGUUAAAGAUGUUUUGGCGAGUGGGAAGAUCUGUGUGAUUGACAUUGAGCCAUAUGCAUUAGAGUCAGUGAGGACUGCGGAGCUGAGGGCGUAUGUUAUCUUUAUAAAGCCUCCUACUGUUGAGCAGAUGAAACGCACACGAAUGAAUUCGCAUAUCAUCACAAAUUACUACUCCAGCCGACCUUUUAAGGAUGAAGAUUUUCAGGAGAUAGAAGAUGCAGGACGCAAUAUGGAGCAGCAUUACUGUCAGUUCUUUGAUCAUGUGAUAGUAAACGACGGCCUGCAGUCUGCAUGUGUGCAGCUGCUGACCGCAGUGAGGAGAGCUCAGGAUGAACCGCAGUGGGUACCGGCUGCAUGGAUCAGACCAGCUGACCAGUCUUAAUAUGAAGAGCUCAGGGAUACUACAGGAGAGCGGAUGGGCAUGAAUAUGCAAAUAAACUUUCUUUUCACCUUUUGGUGAGAAUAAUGUGUGUUUUGUCUGUAAAAUGUUAGUCUGAAUGCAAAAUAUGUUUACAUUUUUUUCAGAUGUCAAUCUUUUGUUCGCCCUUGUGAAAAAAAAUAAAUAAAACCUAAACA